AAGCAGAGAAAGCAAACAAAGGAUCGAGAUCAGCCGGUCGCUGGUAUCAAAACGAUCUAAGCCAGGACUCCAGACGGUCAGAAGCUUCUUGGACAGCGAAGGCUACGGUUGGCUGUUGUGCGAGUUAUUUUCGAAGAUAUUUAACUGAAAGGGAUCUGCGAUAUACUUUAGCUGUUUGAAGAAAUUUUAGAAGAACAUUAACUAUCGAAGAGAUAUUACAACCGUUAGCAGUGAUGAUUGCAUAAAAGGAUACACAGUGAAAGAGGACAUUUUUGGGUGCUUCAAGGAUUUUCUAGAAGUUCAUGAACCUUUUCAGAAGAAUUAGUGAAUUUUGCUUCGGAUAGACUGGUGUGGAAAAAAAUUGAACUGAUUUUCAACGGAUAACAAAGUGUCAAUAGAAUAACGGUAUAAAACGAACUUAGCGGUAUUGUACGCUGUAACGGAUCUUUUGAACAAUAGCUCAAAGUAUGGAUCUAGUGUGCAAGGAGAUAAUUUACGACGAAGUAGACAAUCAGUUUGCCGAACCGGACCCGACCAUGGUGGCCGAUGUUCGGGUCAUUCAAAAUUUGAUAAGUCUUGAGCGGCUAACGAUUCCACCAACUAACUACUUCGGCUCGGUACAACGUGAUAUCAAACCACACAUGCGCAAAAUAGUUACAACCUGGAUGCUGGAGGUAUGUGACGAACAGAAAUGUGAAGAACAGACCUUCCCGCUGGCAGUUAAUUUCUUCGAUCGGUUUCUCUGUGCCUGCCCUAUCGAUCGCUACCACUUGCAGUUACUCGGAUGUUGUGUGCUACUGUUGGCCUCUAAAAUCCGCCAGUGCCAUCCGCUGACGGUAGACGUACUCAGUGCUUACACAGACCAUGCCGUCUCACCGGAUCAGAUUAGGAGCUGGGAGCUUCUUCUAAUCAGCAAGCUCGAAUGGAACAUCACCGCAGUGACGGCGUUCGACUACGUCGACCAGAUCCUGGAGCGCGCCAAAUGGGGCUCCGAUGACUCCCGAUUACGAGAACAUGCACACACCCUAAUUCACGUCUGCAGUACCGAAACCAUUUUCAUGCAACUCGAACCAUCCCUUCUGGCAGCAGCAUGUAUUGCAUCAGCUACUCGUGGUUUGAAUGUGUCCUCGAAAAUGGCCGUUGGGUACGAUCUGUGUCGAUUGACUAUGCACGAUCUGGGCAAGAUUGAUUUCAUUGUCAAAAUUAUCGAAGAAAUUGUUGCCAAGGAGAUUGCGGACAAACAGAUGCAACAGCAGCAACAGAUGGCAGCCACGGCCGGUAGCUGCAAAGAUCAAUACCAACAGGCACCACAGAAGGUCUCCGGGGGAUCAACCAAUGCUCAGCAACCAGCCGCGCAGCAACAACCCGAAACACCCACCGACGUGCAGUUUAUAUACUUUUAGAACCAAGACCGCUAACGUGGGAUCAGGCGGGUUCACUGAAAGGGCUACUGUUGAGUAUUUUUAUUGUCUUUAUCUGAUUCUAGAACUGUUGAAGUUAACUUUUUCUAACUCUAUUGGUCAAUAGUUGUAAGUUAAACGCCGAAAGAAACAAUUUUAGUUUCUUUCGACUCAAAAUGCCAAAAAAGUAUGAAUAGCAUCUAAGCAUGUCGAUUUGGAUGCAACUUUUUUGUUCUCAAAAAUAUAUUUACGAGCUGUCCGCCAUCCACCCAACAGUUCGAGCAGUAAAGUUUGGAUUUAAACUGAUUUAUCGUUUAAUAUAUUAAUAUAAAAACAGUGCCAUCUAUUGCACACUUUACCACAUUCUACGCAUUCGAAUUUAACAUUUCCUUAUUUUGACUGCUUAAUUUUUAUAGAUGGCUCCACUAAGUUUGUACAUAUUCACACUAUGAAUAAUAUAUUUUUGAAGAAAUAUAUACAAAGUUUUGGUUUAUCGACAAUAAUGAAGCAUUCAACACUAUGAUGGUGCCCAAAAUUUUGUUAUCUAUCUUUCAUUCGAACUCGUUUCUGGUUUCUCUUGAAGAAACUACACAUCACUCUUCUAUAUAUACUUUGAAUUUCAUCCGAAUCCAACUGCAGUAUUGCAGGCAAGAAAAAGACUCAAUUAGUUUAAAAUUUAUGUAGUCUAAAGCUAAAAUUUGUUAAAUUAUUUAUUUAUAUCUACCCAAUAGAAGCGAUCUAUUCUAGGUCAAGGUUGUAAUCUAUACCACCAACAAUACGAUCCUCUCUAAGCAGUAAGAAAAAAAUGAAUAAUAAAAAAAACAUUAGUGUAAAAACUGCCAAAGAUUUAUUAGAGUAGGGAAACAACCAGCAUUCCAGGAGCCAUAUUUUUGCAAACACAUAUAAUUGUUUAAGCCAUUUGACAUUCAUUAUGAACCAGCAUUCGAUCUCAUUAAACAUAAUUGAAUUGUACAAAAGAACGAGAGAUACGAAAUUAGACUUAGAUGAGUUGUAAAUAUAGAAGAACUCCAUCACAUGCCUGCAUUGCGACCAAGUGCUACUUAAAAAAGAACAGCAACAAUCAAGAUUUGAUAAAAGCUAGAGAAAAGUUAAGGAUAAGCGUUAUUUUAACACUCAAACUUUUUCUAAGACUUUUUGCCACAAGUUUUUGUAACUGCUCUAAUAACUGUUAAUCUAGUCUUAAAUAAGAGAAAUUUAUACUA